AGUGGGGUUAAUAGAGAUAACAGUAGCAUGUCUCUCCAGCAGUGUGUAUGAUAGUGGGGUUAAUAGAGAUAACAGUAGCAUGUCUCUCCAGCAGUGUGUAUGAUAGUGGGGUUAAUAGAGAUAACAGUAGCAUGUCUCUCCAGCAGUGUGUAUGAUAGUGGGGUUAAUAGAGAUAACAGUAGCAUGUCUCUCCAGCAGUGUGUAUGAUAGUGGGGUUAAUAGAGAUAACAGUAGCAUGUCUCCAGCAGUGUGUAUGAUAGUGGGGUUAAUAGAGAUAAAUAGUAGCAUGUCUCCAGCAGUGUGUAUGAUAGUGGGGUUAAUAGAGAUAACAGUAGCAUGUCUCCAGCAGUGUGUAUGAUAGUGGGGUUAAUAGAGAUAACAGUAGCAUGUCUCUCCAGCAGUGUGUAUGAUAGUGGGGUUAAUAGAGAUAACAGUAGCAUGUCUCUCCAGCAGUGUGUAUGAUAGUGGGGUUAAUAGAGAUAACAGUAGCAUGUCUCUCCAGCAGUGUGUAUGAUAGUGGGGGUUAAUAGAGAUAACAGUAGCAUGUCUCUCCAGCAGUGUGUAUGAUAGUGGGGUUAAUAUAGAUAACAGUAGCAUGUCUACAGCAGUGUGUAUGAUAGUGGGGUUAAUAGAGAUAACAGUAGCAUGUCUCCAGCAGUGUGUAUGAUAGUGGGGUUAAUAGAGAUAACAGUAGCAUGUCUACAGCAGUGUGUAUGAUAGUGGGGUUAAUAGAGAUAACAGUAGCAUGUCUCUCCAGCAGUGUGUAUGAUAGUGGGGUUAAUAGAGAUAACAGUAGCAUGUCUACAGCAGUGUGUAUGAUAGUGGGGUUAAUAGAGAUAACAGUAGCAUGUCUCCAGCAGUGUGUAUGAUAGUGGGGUUAAUAGAGAUAACAGUAGCAUGUCUACAGCAGUGUGUAUGAUAGUGGGGUUAAUAGAGAUAACAGUAGCAUGUCUCUCCAGCAGUGUGUAUGAUAGUGGGGUUAAUAGAGAUAACAGUAGCAUGUCUCCAGCAGUGUGUAUGAUAGUGGGGGUUAAUAGAGAUAACAGUAGCAUGUCUCCAGCAGUGUGUAUGAUAGUGGGGUUAAUAGAGAUAACAGUAGCAUGUCUCUCCAGCAGUGUGUAUGAUAGUGGGGUUAAUAGAGAUAACAGUAGCAUGUCUCUCCAGCAGUGUGUAUGAUAGUGGGGUUAAUAGAGAUAACAGUAGCAUGUCUACAGCAGUGUGUAUGAUAGUGGGGUUAAUAGAGAUAACAGUAGCAUGUCUCUCCAGCAGUGUGUAUGAUAGUGGGGUUAAUAGAGAUAACAGUAUUAUGUCUCUCCAGCAGUGUGUAUGAUAGUGGGGUUAAUAGAGAUAACAGUAGCAUGUCUCUCCAGCAGUGUGUAUGAUAGUGGGGUUAAUAGAGAUAACAGUAGCAUGUCUCUCCAGCAGUGUGUAUGAUAGUGGGGUUAAUAGAGAUAACAGUAGCAUGUGUUAGGGGUUAGACUCUAACCAAGUUGGCCUAGCUAGAAGUUGGCCUAAAGGCUAGUGGUUAGACUCUAACCAAGUUGGCCUAACUAGCAGUUGGCCUAAAGGCUAGUGGUUAGACUAAAACCAAGUUGGCCUAACUAGAAGUUGGCCUAAAGGCUAGUGGUUAGACUCUAACCAAGUUGGCCUAACUAGAAGUUGGCCUAAAGGCUAGUGGUUAGACUCUAACCAAGUUGGCCUAACUAGAAGUUGGCCUAAAGGCUAGUGGUUAGACUAUAACCAAGUUGGCCUAACUAGAAGUUGGCAUAAAGGCUAUGGGUUCGACUCUAACCAAGUUGGCCUAACUAGAAGUUGGCCUAACUGCUAGGGGUUAGACUCUAACCAAGUUGGCCUAACUAGAAGUUGGCAUAAAGGCUAUGGGUUCGACUCUAACCAAGUUGGCCUAACUAGAAGUUGGCCUCAAAUCCCAAAGAGAAAAAUGUGACUGUGCAGAGAAAUGGAGAGACGGGAAAAGGUAAACUAGUCAUUCAAAGGGUUAAUUUAAUUAAGUAACUUAAGUAAGUUUAAAUGUUUAAAUGCAGGGGGGCAUGUGCGUAAUGUGUGAAAUCAAACCAAUCAGACAUAAAGGUGUAUUUCAGUGAGAACGUGAUGCUUUGAGAAAUGUAGCACGUUCCGUGAAUGCUCAUGUACCAAUGACAUGAACGUGGCCUUGUGCACUGGGUCAUAAUUAGAUUUUGCUGCUUCACUGUUUAGCAUGGCAUACAUCGACACCUCUCUUUUCCACAUCGUUUUGUGAAAUGUAUUUUUGGUGUUUUAGAGACAUUUUAAACACAACCAGAUUCUUUGGGGGUUUUGUGGAAACCAAAUUUCCUCUCUCGUAUGGAUUUCCUCAGUUUGCCGUUACAAAUCUAGUUGACACCAAUCUUUAUUUCAUUUAGGAUAACUGCGGCGGCGGUUAGGCUAGAAUGCCUUAAUAAUGGCCCUCAAAGUAUACUGUAGUCAUAUAAACCUUUUCUAUUUUAAUCCAACCCUUUCUGUCUUGAUUUUAAAUCUAUAUUUGUCCUCCUCAAUCAUUUGUAAGGUAUUAAAGUGAAAGAACUAUAAUUCAGACCUAGAUUAGGUUUAGGUGGUCUACAGUAACAUUGCUGUGCCAGAUUAGGUUUAGGUGGUCUAUAGUAACAUUGCUGUGCCAGAUUAGGUUUAGAAGGUCUACAGUAACAUUGCUGUGCCAGAUUAGGUUUUGGUGGUCUACAGUAACAUUGCUGUGACAGAUUAGGUUUAGGUGGUCUAUAGUAACAUUGCUGUGCCAGAUUAGGUUUAGGUGGUCUAUAGUAACAUUGCUGUGCCAGAUUAGGUUUAGGUGGUCUAUAGUAACAUUGCUGUGACAGAUUAGGUUUAGGUGGUCUAUAGUAACAUUGCUGUGAGAGAUUAGGUUUAGGUGGUCUAUAGUAACAUUGCUGUGCCAGAUUAGGUUUAGGUGGUCUAUAGUAACAUUGCUGUGCCAGAUUAGGUUUAGGUGGUCUAUAGUAACAUUGCUGUGCCAGAUUAGGUUUAGGUGGUCUAUAGUAACAUUGCUGUGACAGAUUCGGUUUAGGUGGUCUAUAGUAACAUUGCUGUGACAGAUUAGGUUUAGGUGGUCUAUAGUAACAUUGCUGUGCCAGAUUAGGUUUAGGUGGUCUAUAGUAACAUUGCUGUGACAGAUUAGGUUUAGGUGGUCUAUAGUAACAUUGCUGUGCCAGAUUAGGUUUAGGUGGUCUAUAGUAACAUUGCUGUGCCAGAUUAGGUUUAGGUCUGUCUGUCUGUCUGUCUGUCUGUCUGUCUGUCUGUCUGUCUGUCUGUCUGUCUGUCUGUCUGUCUGUCUGUCUGUCUGUCUGUCUGUCUGUCUGUCUGUGUCUCUCUCUCUCUCUCUCUCUCUCUGUCUGUGAUCUGUCUGUCUGUGAUCUGUCAGUCUGUGAUCUGUCUGUCAGUCUGUGAUCUGUCUGUCAGUCUGUGAUCUGUCUGUCAGUAUGUGAUCUGUCUGUCAGUAUGUGAUCUGUCUGUCAGUCUGUGAUCUGUCUGUCUGUCUGUGAUCUGUCUGUCUGUCUGUGAUCUGUCUGUCAGUCUGUGAUCUGUCUGUCAUCUGUCUGUCUGUGAUAUGUCUGUCUGUGAUCUGUCUGUGAUCUGUCUGUCAGUCUGUGAUCUGUGUUUGUCUGUCUCUCUCUAACUGCCUAUGAUCAUUCCUGCUACUCUUUACAUCUGUCUACCUGUAUAUUUGUUAUCUUAACUUGUCUGUGUGUGUGUGUGUGUGUGUGUGUGUGUGUGUGUGUGUGUGUGUGUGUGUGUGUGUGUGUGUGUGUGUGUGUGCGUACUUGCGUCUGUCUGUGUGUCUGUCUGUGUGUUCCAGACGUUGAUGAAUGUAGCAGCGGGGAGAACCUGUGCCAGAGGAACGCUGACUGUAUCAACAGCCCUGGGAGCUACCGCUGUGAAUGCUCAGAGGGCUUCAAUCUCUCCCCCAUAGGAGCCUGCAUCGGUGAGACAACAGACUCCCCACACAGGCUGCGUCCCUCACGUACCCUAUGCCCUGCAUAUGUGCACUGACCAGGGCUCAUAGGGCUCUGGUCCAAAGUAGUGCACUAUAUAGGGAAUAGGGUGCUAUUUGGGAUGUAAAUGAAGUGAUUCUCACCAGUCUGUCUUUGUCCUGGUGUGACCUAUGAGACCAGCUGUAGGUCCAGAUGCAUUGUGGACAGGCAGCGACCGCUAACACCAUAUUUAACCCAAUGUCUCCCCCCCAUUGUGAUCCUUGGCAGGCCCGGGGCCCUGCCUUGUAAGAGAGCACUAAGCUAAUGCACCCUGUGGUCUCGACCCCUCUCUCUUUUCUUGUAUUUCUCCUCCUACCGUUGGGAAGACCGCAACGAGUGUCUGGAGAUCCACAACCUGUGUAGCCAUGGCGAGUGCGUGGACAUCCAGGGGGGCUACGAGUGCCGGUGUCACCACGGCUUCAAGGCUACGCCCAACCGCAGGAUGUGCAUGGGUGAGAACUUCAGCGCUUUCUGGAAAACACUUCAGGCUCUCGCUUUCAACGGAGGCCAAUGUAAUCGAUCCGAAAUGGAGACCGUUCAAAAUACCAUUUUCACCUUCUGUUUUGGAAUAUUGUGGUUGUCCUGCCCUUAGAUAUUUUUUUUGUUACUUAGAUCAUGUCUUUCCACUCCAUUUGAGAUAAUUGUCUGAAAUAUUUUGUAGUUACAACAUCAUCAUUUUUUCUGUCUGUCUCCAGAUGUCGACGAGUGCGAGCGGUUGCCUUGUCGGAACGGGACCUGCAAGAACACGGUGGGCUCCUUCAACUGUCUGUGCCACACCGGGUUUGAGCUUUCACACCACAACGACUGCAUGGGUGAGCACCACUGUCCCCUGGUUCAUCUAAAGAUGUCUUCCUACCAAGGAAGAUUUUCCUGCCCCCGUUCUAGGCAUGUUCUUUGAGGUUUUACAUCCCAAAGAAAUACUUUAUGACAAAUGCAUUUGCAAAAAUCUCUUUGGAAUUAGAACUUGUAUUCAAAUAAAGUUUCAAUGUGCCGGUGCUAACAAAAGGGCAUCAACUUUUAUUUUUUUGGAAUAUAACUUUUAUUCACUCUUGUAUUGAUGUGCUGUUUUGUGUUGUGGUUGGCAGAUAUUGACGAGUGCCAGACGUCCUUUGGCACGCUGUGCAGGAAAGGCCAGUGUAUCAACAGUGUGGGCUCCUUCCAAUGUCUGUGUGAGGAGGGCUACGAGCUAACCCCUGACGCCAAGAAUUGUAUGGGUAAGAACUGUCCUACUUUACUGUAUGGAUAAGAACUGUCCUACUCUACUGUAUGGAUAAGAACUGUCCUACUCUACUGUAUGGAUAAGAACUGUCCUACUCUACUGUAUGGGUAAGAACUGUCCUACUCUACUGUAUGGAUAAGAACUGUCCUACUCUACUGUAUGGGUAAGAACUGUCCUACUCUACUGUAUGGAUAAGAACUGUCCUACUCUACUGUAAUGGUAAGAGCUGUCCUACUCUACUGUAUGGAUAAGAACUGUCCUACUCUACUGGUAAGAGCUGUCCUACUCUGUCCUACUCUACUUUACUGUAUGGAUAAGAACUGUCCUACUUUACUGUAUGGAUAAGAACUGUCCUACUCUAUUGUAUGGGUAAGAACUGUCCUACUUUAGUGUAUGGAUAAGAACUGUCCCACUUUACUGUAUGGAUAAGAACUGUCCUACUCUAUUGUAUGGGUAAGAACUGUCCUACUUUAGUGUAUGGAUAAGAACUGUCCCACUUUACUGUAUGGAUAAGAACUGUCCUACUCUACUGUAUGGAUAAGAACUGUCCUACUUUAGUGUAUGGAUAAGAACUGUCCUACUUUACUGUAUGGAUAAUAACUGUCCUACUCUACUGUAUGGAUAAGAACUGUCCUACUCUACUGUAUGGAUAAGAACGGUCCUACUCUACUGUAUGGAUAAGAACUGUCCUACUUAACUGUAUGGAUAAGAACUGUCCUACUCUACUGUAAUGGUAAGAGCUGUCCUACUCUACUGUAUGGAUAAGAACUGUCCUACUCUACUGUAUGGAUAAGAACUGUCCUACUUUACUGUAUGGAUAGGAACUGUCCUACUCUACUGUAUGGAUAAGAACUGUCCUACUCUACUGUAUGGAUAAGAACUGUCCUACUCUACUGUAUGGAUAAGAACUGUCCUACUCUACUGUAUGGAUAAGAACUGUCCUACUCUACUGUAAUGGUAAGAACUGUCCUACUUUACUGUAUGGAUAAGAACUGUCCCACUUUACUGUAUGGAUAAGAACUGUCCUACUUUACUGUAUGGAUAAGAACUGUCCUACUUUACUGUAUGGAUAGGAACUGUCCUACUGUACUGUAUGGAUAAGAACUGUCCUACUUUACUGUAUGGAUAAGAACUGUCCUACUCUAUUGUAUGGGUAAGAACUGUACUACUUUAGUGUAUGGAUAAGAACUGUCCCACUUUACUGUAUGGAUAAGAACUGUCCUACUCUAUUGUAUGGGUAAGAACUGUCCUACUUUAGUGUAUGGAUAAGAACUGUCCUACUCUACUUUACUGUAUGGAUAAGAACUGUCCUACUUUACUGUGUGGAUAAUAACUGUCCUACUCUACUGUAUGGAUAAGAACUGUCCUACUCUACUGUAUGGAUAUGAACUGUCCUACUUUACUGUAUGGAUAAGAACUGUCCUACUCUACUGUAUAGAUAAGAACUGUCCUACUUAACUGUAUGGAUAAGAACUGUCCUACUUAACUGUAUGGAUAAGAACUGUCCUACUUAACUGUAUGGAUAAGAACUGUCCUACUUAACUGUAUGGAUAAUAACUGUCCUACUUAACUGUAUGGAUAAUAACUGUCCUACUUAACUGUAUGGAUAAGAACUGUCCUACUCUACUGUAUGGAUAAGAACUGUCCUACUUAACUCUAUGGAUAAGAACUGUCCUACUCUACUGUAUGGAUAAGAACUGUCCUACUUAACUCUAUGGAUAAGAACUGUCCUACUCUACUGUAUGGAUAAUAACCUACUCUACUGUAUGGAUAAGAACUGUCCUACUCUACUGUAUGGAUAAGAACUGUCCUACUCUACUGUAUGGAUAAGAACUGUCCUACUCUACUGUAUGGAUAAGAACUGUCCUACUCUACUGUAUGGAUAAGAACUGUCCUACUCUACUGUAAUGGUAAGAGCUGUCCUACUCUACUGUAUGGAUAAGAACUGUCCUACUCUACUGUAUGGAUAAUAACCUACUCUACUGUAUGGAUAAGAACUGUCCUACUCUACUGUAUGGAUAAGAACUGUCCUACUCUACUGUAUGGAUAAGAACUGUCCUACUCUACUGUAUGGAUAAGAACUGUCCUACUCUACUGUAUGGAUAAGAACUGUCCUACUCUACUGUAUGGAUAAGAACUGUCCUACUCUACUGUAUGGAUAAGAACUGUCCUACUCUACUGUAUGGAUAAGAACUGUCCUACUCUACUGUAUGGAUAAGAACUGUCCUACUCUACUGUAUGGAUAAGAACUGUUCUACUCUACUGUAUGGAUAAGAACUGUUCUACUCUACUGUAUGGAUAAGAACUGUCCUACUCUACUGUAUGGAUAUGAACUGUCCUACUCUACUGUAUGUCGUUCACAGUUGUAGCAUAGGCUACUUUAACAUGAUGGGUACUCAGCUUCAUAACAGCUUCGUAACAUAUUUCUAAUGUAAUAAAUAUUAUUAGAACUAUUAUUAGGAUGAUAUAUCUAUUUUGGUAACACUUAACAAUAAGGUCACCUUUACAAGUGGUUUAUAAGGUGUUAUUUUAAAGUGUUACUGCUGUUUCUUUAUGCUCAUACCAUUAACCAAAGGUCAAGGUAUGCCAGAUAAAACAUUUUCAAAACAUUUCAGUACUAAAGUUGUGGUAUUUUAACCCAGUGUUUCACGUGUUACCCUACUAAUUAUCCUCCAACGCUUUCCUCAAUUUCUCCAGAUGUGAACGAGUGUGUGAUCUUCCCCAGGACAUGCACUCCCGGAACUUGCCAGAACCUGGACGGCACCUUCCGUUGUCUCUGUCCCCCGGGCUACAUCGUCCAGAACGAGCAGUGUAUAGGUGAGGUUUCGUCUAACCCUGGCUACAUCACCAUGCUACAUAGUUGUUGGAAAGAAAUGUGUUUGACCAAAUACAAUGCUAUUUCUCUGUAAACAAAUUAACAACAGACUUUCAUCAUGCUUAUAGAGAAGGGCACUCAACAUGUACUGCACUGACACAAAUGACUGAUGAUUGGUUGAAAGAAAUUGAUAAUAAGAAGAUUGUGGGAGCUGUUCUGUUAUAAUUCAGUGCAGCCUUUAAUAUUAUUGACCGUAAAAAAAAAAAAACGUAUGUGUUAUGGCUUUUCAACCUCUGCCGUAUUGUGGAUUCAGAGCUAUCUACAGUGAGGGAAAAAAUACUUAUUUCCCUCAUUAAAAUGCAAAUCAUUUUAUAACAUUUUUGACAUGCGUUUUUCUGGAUUUUUGUGUUGUUAUUCUGUCUCUCACUGUUCAAAUAAACCUACCAUUAAAAUUAUAGACUGAUCAUUUCUUUGUCAGUGGGCAAACGUACAAAAUCAGCAGGGGAUCAAAUCGUUUUUUCCCUCACUGUAUCUAAUAGAACUCAGAGGGUUUUCUUUAAUGGAAGCUUCUUUAAUGUCAAACAUUUAAAGUGUGGUGUACCACAGGGCAGCUCUCUAGGCCCUCUACUACCCCUCACAGCUCCGUAGGCAAGCACCAUGGUCUUGUAGCAUGCCACCAGGGGUCUUUUCACAGUUCCCAGGUCGAGAACAAAUUCAAGGAAACAUACAGUAUUAUACAGAGCCAUGAGUGCAUGGAACUCCCUUCCAUCUUAUAUAGCGCAAGUGAACAGCAAACCUGGUUUUUAAAAAACUAAUAGAGCAACACACACACACACACACUACAUGUUAAUGUUUUGUACACACACACACUACAUGUUAAUGUAAAUUGUAAAGUAUAUUGUCUGUAAUGUCUUUUUCGUUAUGUGUUUGACCCCAGUAAGACUAUCUGUCGCUAACGGGGAUCCUAAUGAACGUAAACAGUCUAGAGCGACCAGCGUAUAGGUGAGGAUCCGUUCCCUCCGCUAGGCCCCGGGGAGCCUGUACUGUACCAUCAGGAAGUCAAAACAUGAAGAGGAAUCAUGCUUGAAGAAACCAUUUUUGUCGAGAGGUCCAACGUUCCAUGCAACACCUGCCACUCUUUGACUGCAGGAGACGGGUUUUAGCAAACAUUUGUGCGUAAUUGUAUGCGAGUGUAGUCCCACUCUGUCCAUUCGUAAGACAUAGUAGACUGUGGUGUACCAUAUUACUUUCACACCACAUACUGGGUUCCCCAAUUUGGCCACGACAAUGACGUAUCACUCCUCUCCCAGCACCCUCUGCUUCAGUUGAUGUUUCCCUGGGUUCAGUGCUAGAGCCUUCUAAAUACCUCUCUCUUCACUCUCCACACUCUGCGUGGGCCAGACCUGGGUUCAAGAUACUAUUUAAAAUCUGUCAAAUACUUUGAAUGUGCCAGGUGACACUUUGCUUCUUGAAAGUCCAAUAUCUAGAAAACUUGACUGUUGAUAUACAAAACAUUUUGGGACUUUAUCAACAGUGUACAAAUUAGUAAAAUAGGAAAAUAUAGUUUGCCUUUAAGUACAGCUGAAGUAUUUGACAUUUUUUUCCAAUAGUAUUUGAACCCAGGUCUGGUGUGUUCUGUGAGGACUAUCCACACAGAGGCAUCCAUUUUGUAACAGUAAUGACAGUUUGCCCCUUUUUUCCUCUUGCAGAUGUCAACGAGUGUGAAGAAGACCCUAACAUCUGCCUGUUUGGCUCCUGCUUCAACAACCCGGGCAGUUUCCAGUGUGUGUGCAGGCCUGGCUUCGUGCUGUCUGAGAACGGUCGCAGGUGUUACGGUAUGUAGGGGCCAACCAGAAUGGUGUCAAAACAGCGCUGAGAGUUUGGCGUAUGAGGAUAGUUAGACAACAAAAGGUUUUGUAAGGAAGGUUUGUUGGGUCAUAUUGUUUGUGGAUGUUGGCACUGCUACAGCACUCAUUUCCAACAUUUUACUUUCCAACAAUAUUGUGGUAUUGUCACAGUAUACCACAGCUUUCAGCCAAUCAAAGUACUGCACAAUGUUUUUUCAACCCUGCUUUGUUUGUUUUGUUGCGUUGUUGGUGGAAAGCCCAAUAAACACAGUGGAAGAUUUGUAUGUUGUUGUGGGCCAGUUUUUAGCCUCUGACCAGCCUCUCUCUGUCUGUCUCUGUUGCUCUCUCUCUCUGUCUGUCUCUCUUUUCAUCUCUCUAGACACCAGAGAGAGUUACUGCUUCACCCGCUUUGAGAACGGCAAGUGCUCGGUGCCUCAGGCCUUCAACACCAGCAAGGCCAAGUGUUGCUGCAGCACCAUGCCCAAGGAGGGCUGGGGAGACCCCUGUGAACUUUGCCCCAAGAAGCAGGAUGGUAGGAGUCCACACACACACACACACACACACACACACACACACACACAAAACCAUAUUUAGCAGCUUGGGUUUGACAAAAACAGCAUUCUAUUUUGGAUUGAGACCCAUCCCUACUCCCUAAACUGUGUCUUGAUCCACUGGGCACAAACUGGUUGAAUCAAUGUUGUUUCCACAUCAUUUAAAUAAAUAAAAAAUAUGUGAUGAAUUUGAAUCAACGUGGAAAACUAAUUGGAUUUGCAAAGGUCAUCAAGGCAAAGGAAUUUCGUGAAUUUUUUUCACCCACAUUUGAUCCCAAAUCCAAUGAUUUCACGCUGUUGAUUUCACGUUGAAUUCACAUUAGUUGACAACUCAUUCAAAUGUAAAUAAAAAUUAGACGUUGAACUGACGUCUGUGCGCACCCUUACAGAAAAACAACAUGAUUUCACGUGGGAAAUCACAUGAUUUCACAAUAUGUACACAUGCAGUUUUAUGUUAUCACAUGUUGCUUUACAUGUUGUCACAUGUUAUCACAUUAACUUCACAUAAGAUCACAUGAAAAAAACAUGAAAACGUGUUUUUGGAACACUUCACGUGUGAUCAUGUGAAAUUCAUGUGGUUAUUCCAUAAGAGCAGUGGGGAUUGAAUAGAGUCCAUAGUCAGACUCAAUUCAGAAUGAUUGAGUUAGAAAUAUUAAUAUUGUUAUAAUUUUUUCUCCAUCAGUGGCGUUCCAGCACCUGUGUCCCUUCGGCCAUGGCAUAAUCACUGGGAUUGGAGACACACGCAUAGGUAACUCACCCACAUUAAAGAUAUGUGAGGUACAGUGUGAAAAGUUACUGUGAUUUAUGUUUUGAGAGAGAAUGAUAUCGCUUUAAAGGUUUUGUUUUAUGUUGAACCUUUGACGAGGUGACAUGAAACAGCAUGAAUGUGAUUGGAUAGAACUAUGAUUUCAACUAUAACCACAAUGAAUAGGAAUGAUGAAUAAUGUUGGGAUGGAUAAUACUCUUAACAUUGCACUUCUUUGGGAAUCUCCAGACCUGAAUGAGUGUGUGGAGAACCCAGGCAUCUGUCACAACGGCCACUGUAUCAACACAGACGGCUCCUUCCGCUGCGAGUGUCCCAUGGGCUACACCCUCAACUACACUGGAGUACACUGCAUUGGUAAGGCCCAAUCCUAUACAAUACAGCUAUUCUAUAAUAAUGAACAGCCUAUAGAGUUAACAGGAAACCUGUUACACAGUCAACCAUACUGGGCUACACUGUAUCGGUGAAACACAAUCCUAUUUUUUUUUCUUUAUAUAUAUAUAUAUAUAUUCAAGUUUUAUAACAACUCACAUAGCAGUCAAUACAAACUGAAAUCCAUGAGCAUUUAGACAAUUAAAAAAAGACAUGUUAGAACCAGAUCUCUUUAGUUUCCCUUUCAUUGUAUUUUAUUAACGUUAGGAGAGGAGCAGAAGGCGCUAAACCAAUGUGAGAUGAGGUGCCGCCCCAAAAUAAUACGAGCAUUAGGAAGAAAAAGGUGCAACUUUAUUCACGUUACACAUUGGCAGCUAAGAGCUGAAUUCCAGUCUAACCUACAGUGCAUACUGCAUUUACAUUUUUACAUUUACGUCAUUUAGCAGACGCUCUUAUCCAGAGCGACUUACAGUUAGUGAGUGCAUACAUUUUGUUGUUUUUUUGGGGGGGGUUUUCAUACUGGCCCCCCGUGGGAAACGAACCCACAUCCCUGCCGGCCAAACCCUCCCCUACCUUGGACGACGCUGGACCAAUUGUGCACCGCCCAUGGGUCUCCCGGUCGCGGCCGGCUGCGACAGAGCCUGGACUCGAACCAGGAUCUCUAGUGGCACAGCUAGCACUGCGAUGGAGUACCUAGCCUAAAUACACUGAACAAAAAUAUAAACGCAAACAUGUAAAGUGUUGGUCCCAUGUUUCAUGAACCGAAAUAAAAGAUCCCAGAAAUGUUCCAUUCGCACAAAUUUGUUUACAUCCCUGUUAGUGAGCAUUUCUCCUAUGCCAAGAUAAUUUCUCUACCAUAAGCCGCCUCCAACAUCAUUUUAGAGAAUUUGGCAGUACGUCCAACCGGCCUCACAAGCACAGACCACGUGUAACCACGCCAGCCCAGGACCUCCUCAGCUAGCUUCUUCACCUGUGGGAUUGUGUGAGACCAGCCACCUGGACAGCUGAUGAAACUGUGAGUUUGCGCAACCGUCUCGGGGAAGCUCAUCUGCAUGCUCGUCGUCCUCACCAGGGUCUGGAUCGGACUGCAGUUCGGCGUCGUAACCGACUUCAGUGGGCAAAUGCUCACCUUCGAUGGCCACUGGCACGCUGGAGAAGUGUGCUCUUCACGGAUGAAUCCCGGUUUCAACUGUACCGGGCAGAUGGCAAACAGAAUGUAUGUUUGCUGAUGUCAACAUUGUGAACAGAGUGCCCCAUAGUGUCAGUGGGGUUAUGGCAUGGGCAGGUAUAAGCUACGGACAACGAACACAAUUGCAUUUUAUCUAUGGCAAUUUGAAUGCGCAGAGAUACCGUGACGAGAUCCUGAGGACAAUUUUCGUGCCAUUCAUCCGCCGCCAUCACCUCAUGUUUCGCCAUGAUAAUGCACAGCCCCAUGUCGCAAAGAUCUGUACACAAUUCCUGGAAGCAGAAAAUGUCCCAUGUACCAGACUGUUUUUUUAUCCACGCCCCUACUUUUUUUUCAAGGUAUCUGUGACCAACAGAUGCAUAUCUGUAUUCCCAGUCAUGUGAAAUCCGUAGAUUAAGGUCUAAUGAAUAUAUUUCAAUUGACUGAUUUCUUAUAUGAACUGUAACAUAGUAAAAUCUUUGAAAUCGUUGCAUGUUUCGUUUAUAUUUUUGUUCAGUGUAAAAACUGUGUAAAAUCCAAAAGAACCAUUUCAGAUUCCAGUCCAGGUUGCCGUACGCAGGCUCUACCAGGUGGUUGAUCAUAUAGGACAGGCUCUACCAGGUCGCUGCUCAUAUAGGACAGGCUCUACCAGGUGGUUGCUCAUAUAGGACAGGCUCUACCAGGUCGCUGCUCAUAUAGGACAGGCUCUACCAGGUCGCUGCUCAUAUAAGACAGGCUCUACCAGGUCGCUGCUCAUAUAGGACAGGCUCUACCAGGUCGCUGGUAGAGCCUGUCCUUGUUUUCUUGGUGACAACCAGGUGGUUGCUCAUAUAGGACAGGCUCUACCAGGUGAUUGCUCAUAUAGGACAGGCUCUACCAGUCGGUGCACAUAUAGGACAGGCUCUACCAGGUGGUUGCUCAUAUAGGACAGGCUCUACCAGUCGCUGCUCAUAUAGGACAGGCUCUACCAGGUCGCUGCUCAUAUAGGACAGGCUCUACCAGGUGGUUGCUCAUAUAGGACAGGCUCUACCAGGUGGUUGCUCAUAUAGGACAGGCUCUACCAGGUCGGUGCUCAUAUAGGACAGGCUCUAGCAGGUCGCUGCUCAUAUAGGACAGGCUCUACCAGGUGGUUGCUCAUAUAGGACAGGCUCUACCAGGUGGUUGCUCAUAUAGGACAGGCUCUACCAGGUGGUUGAUCAUAUAGGACAGGCUCUACCAGGUCGCUGCUCAUAUAGGACAGGCUCUACCAGGUGGUUGCUCAUAUAGGACAGGCUCUACCAGUCGGUGCUCAUAUAGGACAGGCUCUACCAGGUGGUUGCUCAUAUAGGACAGGCUCUACCAGGUGGUUGCUCAUAUAGGACAGGCUCUACCAGGUGGUUGCUCAUAUAGGACAGGCUCUACCAGGUCGCUGCUCAUAUAGGACAGGCUCUACCAGGUGGUUGCUCAUAUAGGACAGGCUCUACCAGGUGGUUGCUCAUAUAUACAGUGGGGAUAACAAGUAUUUGAUACACUGCCGAUUUUGCAGGUUUUCCUACUUACAAAACAUGUAGUGGUCUGUCAUUUUUAUCAUAGGUACACUUCAACUGUGAGAGACGGAAUCUAAAACAAAAAUCCAGAAAAGCACAUUGUAUGAUUUUUAAGUAAUUAAUUUGCAUUUUAUUGCAUGACAUAAGUAUUUGAUACGUCAGAAAAGCAGAACUUAAUAUUUGGUACAGAAACCUUUGUUUGCAAUUACAGAGAUCAUACGUUUACUGUAGGUCUUGACCAGGUUUGCACACACUGCAGCAGGGAUUUUGGCCCACUCCUCCAUACAGACCUUCUCCAGAUCCUUCAGGUUUCGGGGAUGUCGCUGGGCAAUACGGACUUUCAGCUUCCUCCAAAGAUUUUCUAUUGGGUUCAGGUCUGGAGACUGGCUAGGCCACUCCAGGACCUUGAGAUGCUUCUUACGGAGCCACUCCUUAGUUGCCCUGGCUGUGUGUUUCGGGUCAUUGUCAUGCUGGAAGACCCAGCCACGACCCAUCUUCAAUGCUCUUACUGAGGGAAGGAGGUUGUUGGCCAAGAUCUCGUGAUACAUGGCCCCAUCCAUCCUCCCCUCCAUACGGUGCCGUCGUCCUGUCCCCUUUGCAGAGAAGCAUCCCCAAAGAAUGAUGUUUCCACCUCCAUGCUUCACGGUUGGGAUGGUGUUCUUGGGGUUGUACUCAUCCUUCUUCUUCCUCCAAACACGGCGAGUGGAGUUUAGACCAAAAAGCUCUAUUUUUGUCUCAUCAGACCACAUGACCUUGGAUCAUCCAGAUGGUCAUUGGCAAACUUCAGACAGGCCUGAACAUGCGCUGGCUUGAGCAGGGGGACCUUGCUUGCGCUGCAGGAUUUUAAUCCAUGACGGCGUAGUGUGUUACUAAUGGUUUUCUUUGAGACUGUGGUCCCAGCUCUCUUCAGGUCAUUGACCAGGUCCUGCCGUGUAGUUCUGGGCUGAUCCCUCACGAUCCUCAUGAUCAUUGAUGCCCCACAGGGUGAGAUCUUGCAUGGAGCCCCAGACCGAGGGUGAUUGACCAUCAUCUUGAACUUCUUCCAUUUUCGAAUAAUUGCGGCAACAGUUGUUGCCUUCUUACCAAGCUGCUUGCCUAUUGUCCUGUAGCCCAUCCCAGCCUUGUGCAAGUCUACAAUUCUAUCCCUGAUGUCCUUACACAGCUCUCUGGUCUUGGCCAUUGUGGAGAGGUUGGAGUCUGUUUGAUUGAGUGUGUGGACAGGUGUCUUUUAUACAGGUAACGAGUUCAAACAGGUGCAGUUAAUAUAGGUAAUGAGUGGAGAACAGGAGGGCUUCUUAAAGAAAAACUAACAGGUCUGUGAGAGCCGGUAUUCUUACUGGUUGUUAGGUGAUCAAAUACUUAUGUCAUGCAAUGAAAUGCAAAUUAAUUACUUAAAAAUCAUUACUUAAAAAUCAUACAAUGUGAUUUUCUGGAUUUUUGUUUUAGAUUCAGUCUCUCACAGUUGAAGUGUACCUAUGAUAAAAAUUACAGACCUCUACAUGCUUUGUAAGUAGGAAAACCUGCAAAAUCGGCAGUGUAUCAAAUACUUGUUCUCCCCACUGUACAUUUACAUUUUAGUCAUUUAGCAGACGCUCUUAUCCAGAGCGACUUACAGUUAGUGAAUACAUAUUUUUUUAUACUGGCCCCCCGUGGGAAUCAAACCCACAACCCUGGCGUUGCAAACGCCAUGCUCUAUCAACUGAGCUACAUCCCUGCCGGCCAUUCCCUCCCCUACCCUGGACGAGGCUGGGCCAAUUGUGCGCCGCCCAUGAGUCUCCCGGUCGCGGCCGGCUGCGACAGAGCCUGGAUGAUAUAUAUGACAGGCUCUACCAGGUGGUUGCUCAUAUAGGACAGGCUCUACCAGGUGGUUGCUCAUAUAGGACAGGCUCUACCAGGUGGUUGCUCAUAUAGGACAGGCUCUACCAGUCGCUGCUCAUAUAGGACAGGCUCUACCAGUCGCUACUCAUAUAGGACAGGCUCUACCAGUCGCUGCUCAUAUAGGACAGGCUCUACCAGGUGGUUGCUCAUAUAUCACAGGCUCUACCAAUUGGUUGCUCAUAUAGGACAGGCUCUACCAGGUGGUUGCUCAUAUAUGACAGGCUCUACCAGGUGGUUGCUCAUAUAGGACAGGCUCUACCAGUCGCUGCUCAUAUAGGACAGGCUCUACCAGUCGCUGCUCAUAUAGGACAGGCUCUACCAGGUGGUUGCUCAUAUAGGACAGGCUAUACCAGAUGGUUACUCAUAUAUGACAGGCUCUACCAGGUGGUUGCUCAUAUAGGACAGGCUCUACCAGGUGGUUGCUCAUAUAUGACAGGCUCUACCAAGUGGUUGCUCAUAUAGGACAGGCUCUACCAGGUGGUUGCUCAUAUAUGACAGGCUCUACCAGGUGGUUGCUCAUAUAGGACAGGCUCUACCAGGUGGUUGCUCAUAUAGGACAGGCUCUACCAGGUGGUUGCUCAUAUAGGACAGGCUCUACCAGAUGGUUACUCAUAUAUGACAGGCUCUACCAGAUGGUUACUCAUAUAUGACAGGCUCUACCAGGUGGUUGCUCAUAUAGGACAGGCUCUACCAGGUGGUUGCUCAUAUAGGACAGGCUCUACCAGAUGGUUACUCAUAUAGGACAGGCUCUACCAGGUGGUUGCUCAUAUAGGACAGGCUCUACCAGGUGGUUGCUCAUAUAGGACAGGCUCUACCAGAUGGUUACUCAUAUAUGACAGGCUCUACCAGGUGGUUGCUCAUAUAUGACAGGCUCUACCAGGUGGUUGCUCAUAUAGGACAGGCUCUACCAGAUGGUUACUCAAAUAGGACAGGCUCUACCAGGUGGUUGCUCAUAUAUGACAGGCUCUACCAGGUGGUUGCUCAUAUAUGACAGGCUCUACCAGGUGGUUGCUCAUAUAGGACAGGCUCUACCAGGUGGUUGCUCAUAUAGGACAGGCUCUACCAGAUGGUUACUCAUAUAUGACAGGCUCUACCAGGUGGUUGCUCAUAUAGGACAGGCUCUACCAGAUGGUUACUCAUAUAUGACAGGCUCUACCAGGUGGUUGCUCAUAUAUGACAGGCUCUACCAGGUUGUUGCUCAUAUAGGACAGGCUAUACCAGAUGGUUACUCAUAUACAGUGGGGAAAAAAAGUAUUUAGUCAGCCUCCAAUUGUGCAAGUUCUCCCACUUAAAAACAUGAGAGAGGCCUGUAAUAUUCAUCAUAGGUACACGUAAACUAUGACAGACAAAUUGAGGGAAAAAAAUCUAGAAAAUCACAUUGUAGGAUUUUUAAUGAAUUUAUUUGCAAAUUAUGGUGGAAAAUAAGUAUUUGGUCACCUACAAACAAGCAAGAUUUCUGGCUCUCACAGACCUGUAACUUCUUCUUUAAGAGGCUCCUCUGUCCUCCACUCGUUACCUGUAUUAAUGGCACCUGUUUGAACUUGUUAUCAGUAUAAAAGACACCUGUCCACAACCUCAAACAGUCACACUCCAAACUCCACUAUGGCCAAGACCAAAGAGCUGUCAAAGGACACCAGAAACAAAAUUGUAGACCUGCACCAGGCUGGGAAGACUGAGUCUGCAAUAGGUAAGCAGCUUGGUUUGAAGAAAUCAACUGUGGGAGCAAUUAUUAGGAAAUGGAAGACAUACAAGACCACUGAUAAUCUCCCUCGAUCUGGGGCUCCACGCAAAAUCUCACCCCGUGGGGUCAAAAUGAUCACAAGAACGGUGAGCAAAAAUCCCAGAACCACACGGGGGGACCUAGUGAAUGACCUGCAGAGAGCUGGGACCAAAGUAACAAAGCCUACCAUCAGUAACACACUACGCCGCCAGGGACUCAAAUCCUGCAGUGCAAGACGUGUCCCCCUGCUUAAGCCAGUACAUGUCCAGGCCCAUCUGAAGUUUGCUAGAGUGCAUUUGGAUGAUCCAGAAGAGGAUUGGGAGAAUGUCAUAUGGUCAGAUGAAACCAAAAUAGAACUUUUUGGUAAAAACUCAACUCGUCGUGUUUGGAGGACAAAGAAUGCAGAGUUGCAUCCAAAGAACACCAUACCUACUGUGAAGCAUGGGGGUAGAAACAUCAUGCUUUGGGGCUGUUUUUCUGCAAAGGGACCAGGACGACUGAUCCGUGUAAAGGAAAGAAUGAAUGGGGCCAUGUAUCGUGAGAUUUUGAGUGAAAACCUCCUUCCAUCAGCAAGGGCAUUGAAGAUGAAACGUGGCUGGGUCUUUCAGCAUGACAAUGAUCCCAAACACACUGCCCGGGCAAUGAAGGAGUGGCUUCGUAAGAAGCAUUUCAAGGUCCUGGAGUGGCCUAGCCAGUCUUCAGAUCUCAACCCCAUAGAAAAUCUUUGGAGGGAGUUGAAAGUCUGUGUUGCCCAGCGACAGCCUUAAAACAUCACUGCUCUAGAGGAGAUCUGCAUGGAGGAAUGGGCCAAAAUACCAGCAACAGUGUGUGAAAACCUUGUGAAGACUUACAGAAAACGUUUGACCUGUGUCAUUGCCAACAAAGGGUAUAAAACAAAGUAUUGAGAAACUUUUGUUAUUGACCAAAUACUUAUUUUCCACCAUAAUUUGCAAAUAAAUUCAUUAAAAAUCCCACAAAGUGAUUUUCUGGAGAAAAAAAAUCUCAUUUUGUCUGUCAUAGUUGACGUGUACCUAUGAUGAAAAUUACAGGCCUCUCUCAUCUUUUUAAGUGGGAGAACUUGCACAAUUGGUGGCUGACUAAAUACUUUUUUUCCCCACUGUAUGAGCUAUACAGAGGAAACACCAGAACGCACUGUAUACUCUAACGCCAGUAAACCAUGCCAUACCAUCUCAUAGUAUCUAUACUGAAUAAUACGUAUGGAGUUGACCAAACAAUAAGGUUCAUACAUCUAAAUAACAUACGGCCGGGUUCCCAGACACAGAUUAAGCCUAGUCUUGGACUAGAAAGCAUGUUCAAUGGAGAAUCUCCAUAAUAUUAAUAUGUGUCUGGAAAACCGGCCCAUAAAGUACAAUAAAUGUUGAUUUUCUGUGCAAUACUGUGAUCUGGAAAUUCUACUGUCUUUGAAAAUGCUGUAGUGUUAUACUUGACUAGUCCAGUUAAAGUUUGGUUAAUUGUCCAACCUUGGUGUCCUGACCAGAUAUUGACGAGUGUUCGGUGGGGAACCUAUGUGGGAACGGGACGUGCUCUAACGUGAUUGGAGGGUUCGAGUGUAACUGUGAGGAGGGCUUUGAGCCAGGCCCCAUGAUGACCUGUGAAGGUGGGUGGAAGUGGAAUCCUACUGGAAAUGUGGUGGAGUUGCAUUUAUUAUUAUUAAUAUUGUGUUGUAGUCAUUGUCAUUUAAACACAAUUAUAAAAAUAAAAAAAUGUAUAUAUACUUCUAUUUUCCAAGUUUUAGUAAAUUGAAAAUCUAUUAAAAUCAUGAUCUUAACACAUAAGCAAAAUGUGUUAAAUGGCAAAUGGAACAUAUUAAUCUUGUGUGAAAUGUUCAGAAGGAAAGUUAGACCAUAUGGAUAUAAAUAUAUGAAGAUACGAAAAGUGUUUUGCUGGAUGUAUUGAAGGCAUGAUGCCAAUUUAAAUGCAGAUAUUUUGAAAUGAGACUAAUUCUUUGCCUGAAGGUUGUGUUUUGUGUGUGUGUGUGUGUGGUGUGUAUGUCUAUGCCGGCGUGCGUACGUAUGUGUGAGAGUGAGAUGGGUAUAUGGAUUUUGACUGCUAGUGUUGUCCUCUGUCUGUCUACGUCACUUUCUUUGGGUCAGACGUAAACGAGUGUGCUACCAGCCCCCUGCUGUGUGCAUUCCGCUGCAUCAACACCUUCGGAGGCUACGAGUGCAUGUGUCCCGACGGCUACACUCUGAGAGACAACCAGAGGAUGUGCCAGGGUGAGACACACACAUCACUGAAUUACUACUCUUUUACGCAAUUGACCCUAAAGGGAUAGUUCAACCAAAUUACGAGUCAUGCUAACUCCCAAAACACACACACACACACACACACACUUUCACUCUUUCAUACUGUUCACACAUGCUGCUGCUACUCUGUUUAUUAUCUAUCCUGAUUGACUAGUCACUUUACUCCUACCUACAUGUACAGUUGAAGUCGGAAGUUUACAUAUACUUUGGUUGGAGUCAUUAAAACUUGUUUUUCAACCACUCCACAAAUUUCUUGUUAACAAACUAUAGUUUUGGCAAGUCGGUUAGGACAUCUACUUUGUGCAUGAAACAAGUCAUUUUUCCAAAAAUUGUUUACAGACAGAUUAUUUCACUUAUAAUUCACUGUAUCACAAUUCCAGUGGGUCAGAAGUUUACAUACACUAAGUUGACUGUGCUUUAAACAGCUUGGAAAAUUCCAGAAAAUGAUGUCAUGGCUUUAGAAGCAUCUGAUAGGCUAAUUGACAUAAUUUGAGUCAAUUGGAUGUGUACCUGUGGAUGUAUUUCAAGGCCUACCUUCAAACUCAGUGCCUCUUUGCUUGACAUCAUGGGAAAAUCAAAAGAAAUCAGCCAAGACCUCAGAAAAAAAAUUGUAUGCUGAUGAAACAAAAAUAGAACUGUUUGGCCAUAAUGACCAUCGUUAUGUUUGGAGGAAAAAGGGGGUCGCUUGCAAGUCGAACGACACCAUCCCAACCGUGAAGCACGGGGGUGGCAGCGUCAUGCUGUGGGGGUGCUUUGCUGCAGGAGGGACUGGUGCACUUCACAAAUAGAUGGCAUCAUGAGGAAGGAAAAUUAUGUGGAUAUAUUGAAGCAACAUCUCAAGACAUCAGUCAGGAAUUUAAAGCUUGGUCGCAAAUGGGUCUUCCAAAUGGACAAUGACCCCAAGCAUACUUCCAAAGUUGUGGCAAUAUGGCUUAAGGACAACAAAGUCAAGGUAUUGGAGUGGCCAUAACAAAGCCCUGACCUCAAUCCUAUAGAACAUUUGUGGGCAGAACUGAAAAAGCGUGUGCGAGCAAGGAAGCCUGCAAACCUGACUCAGUUAUACCAGCUCUGUCAGGAGGAAUGGGCCAACUUAUUGUGGGAAGCUUGUGGAAGGCUACCCGAAACGUUUGACCCAAGUUAAACAAUUUAAAGGCAAUGCUACCAAAUACUAAUUGAGUGUAUGUAAACUUCUGACCCACUGGGAAUGUGUUGAAAGAAAUAAAAGCUGAAAUAAAUAAUUAUCUCUACUAUUAUUCUGACAUUUCACAUUCUUAAAAUAAAGUGGUGAUCCUAAUUGACCUAAGACAUAAUUUUUACUAGGAUUAAAUGUCAGGAAUUGUGAAAAACUGAGUUUAAAUGUAUUUGGCUAAGUGUACUGUAAGUACAAACUUCUACCCGACCAUUUCAAACCCUGUACAUAUAUACCUUUAACCCUCACCGUUUUUCCGAAGUCAACUACCCUCAUGCAUUGAAAGUAACUAGGCCAGCCUAGCAGCCUGUGGACACGUGACUUCUAUUCAAAUACUCCUUUGUAUAUAGGUCAUUGUUAUGUUAUUUUUAUUGUUGUUACUAAUUUCCUAUAUUAAAUUGAUUGCGUAGGGAGCUAUUUGUUUUUGCUUCAAUUAUCACUGCGUUGUUGGGAAAGGGCUCAUAAGUAAGCAAGUCUAUACCGGUGUGUGUGUUCAGAGUCUUAUGGUUGUAGAAAUGUUUUAGUCUUUACUAACUUGCACCUCGUAUGCGGCGUAGCAGAGAGAACGUCUAUACUAGGGUGUAAGCUUUGACAUUUGAGGGCUCCUUGACACGCCGCGUAUAGAGGUCCCUGGAGGAGCUGCCCCAGUGAUACUGGGCCGUACGCACUACCCUCUGAGUGCCUUGCGUCAGAGGCAAGAUUGCACACCCCUUGACUUUUUCCACAUUUUGUUGUUGUUACAAAGUGGGAUUAAAAUUGAUUCAAUUUAAAAAUUUUAGUCAACAAUCUACACAAAAUACUCUAUAAUGUAAGUGGAAGAGCCUGGUUCCUCUCUAGGUUCCUUCCUUGGUUCCUGCCUUUCUAGGGAGUUUUUCCUAGCCCCCGUGCUUCUACAUCUGCAUUGCUUGCUGUUUGGGGUUUUAGGCUGGGUUUCUGUAUAUGCACUUUGUGACAUCUGAUGAUGUAAAAAGGGCUUUAUAAAAUCAAUUUGAUUGAUUGAUUGGUUGAUUGAAGAAAAAUUUGAACAUUUGUCAAAUAAAAUAUGAAUAAUAAAACGGUAAUAUAUUUUGAUUAGAUAAGUAUUCAACCCCCUGAGUCAACACAUGUUAGAAUCACCUUUGGCAGCAAUUACACCUGUGAGUCUUUCCGGGUAAGUCUCUAAGAGCUUUGCAAGUCUUAAAUAUCCCCAUCAGCGCUGCCGGAAAUUAGCACUUUGGAUCCUGUUUUUAAGGACACACCUCGCCCAUAUUUCCACCCCGCCCAUGUGAGCGCAAGCGAGCUGAUAUAAGACAGAUAAAUAAAUAAAAAAUGCCAGCAGCAGCAUGUUUUACAUAUAGCAAACUAACGUGCGCUUGACACUAGCGCCACCUUUAACGUCAGCCGAAAAUAGAGCCCAUGGGGUGUGAAUACUUUCUGAAGGCACUGUAUAACAAGAGGUACGUUUGUAAUUUGGAUGAACUAACCCCUCAUUUAUGUCUACAGACGAGGCUUAGAGAUCGCUCAUACUCACUAAAGAACAUAUUUCUUUCUUUCAAAAUCCUGUGCUACCAUUUCCUCGGUCUCUCUCAGAUCUGGAUGAGUGUUACGAGGGGCUCCACGACUGUGAGUCCAGAGGCAUGACCUGCAAGAACCUCAUUGGCACCUUCGUGUGUGUGUGCCCGCCGGGGAUGGUGCGGCGCCUGGACAACGAAGUGUGCGAGGGUGAGGAAAGAGUCUACAUCGAUAGAACUGUUCAAUAGUGAUCCCACUGGGCACAGACGUCAGUUCAACGAUUAGUUUUGAUUUACAUUUGGUUGAGUUUUCAACUAACGUGAAUUAAAUGUGAAAUCAAUGUCAUUGGAUUUAGGUUCAAAGUUAAAAUAUGAAAUGCCCUUACGUUGAUUCUUUUUUUGCAAAUCCAAUCAGUUUCCCACGUUGAUUCAACACCCAUCACAUAGAUUUUUGGGGUUGAAAUAAUGUGGAAACAAUGUUGAUUCAACCAGUUUUUUGCCCAGUGGGAUGUGAGAUUGCAUAUUAUUUGGAGAGAUGCAAGUUUGAUUUUAAACAUAUGUCGCCCCUCCUUCUACUGCAUGUUGAACCUUCUGUUUCUGUUUCUCUCUCUACCCCUUCAUCUUUUAAUCUAUCCCUCCAUCACAUUCUCCCCACUCUUCUGUCCCUCCCUCUGUCUCUCUCUCUCCCUCCCUCUCUCUCUCUCUCUUUCUCUCUUUAGAUGAGAAUGAAUGUCGUAGCAAGCCGGGGAUCUGUGAGAAUGGUCGUUGCAUCAACACUAUAGGCAGCUACAUGUGUGAAUGUGGAGGCGGCUAUGAGUCUGACUCUACACGGACACAGUGUCUCGGUAAGAAUCAUACACACUCCUCCGAAACACACUUCUACUCUGUGUGUGUGUGUGUGUGUGUGUGUGUGUGUGUGUGUGUGUGUGUGUGUGUGUGUGUGUGUGUUUGACAGUCAGUGUUAGGAAUAUCUGUACAGUAUAUGUCUAAAAUUAGCUAGAAGUCGUUUAAUCUCGAUUCUCGUUAGUGAUACAACAGCUUUUUCUGGAAGUUUGGACACACCUACUCAUUCAAGGGUUUUUCUUUAUUUUUACUAUUUUCUACAUUGUAGAAUAAUAGUGAAGACAUCAAAACUAUGAAAUAACACAUACGGAAUCAUGUAGUAACUCAAAAAGUGUUAAACAAAUCAAAAUAUAUUUUAUAUUUGAGAUUCUUCAAAUAGCCACCCUUUGCCUUGAUGACAGCUUUGCACACUCUUGGCAUUCUCUCAACCAGCUUCAUGAGGUAGUCACCUGGAAUGCAUUUCAAUUAACAGGUGUGCCUUCUUAAAAGUACAUUUGUGGAAUUUCUUUCCUUCUUAAUGCGUUUGAGCCAAUCAGUUGUGUUGUGACAAGGUAGGGUUGGUAUACAGAAGAUAGCCCUAUUUGGUAAAAGACCAAGUCCAUAUUAUGGCAAGAACAGCUCAAAUAAGCAAAGAGAAACGACAGUCCAUCAUUACUUUAAGACAUGAAGGUCAGUCAAUUUGGAAAAUGUCAAGUUUCUUCAAGUGCAGUCGCAAAAACCAUCAAGCGCUAUGAUGAAACUGGCUCUCAUGAGGACCACCACAGGAAUGGUAGACCCAGUGUUACCUCUGCUGCAGAGGAUAAGUUCAUUAGAGUUACCAGCCUCAGAAAUUGCAGCCCAAAUAAAUGCUUCACAGAGUUGAAGUAACAGACACAUCUCAACAUCAACUGUUCAGAGGACACUCACGUACGGGAGUUGCAGCGAUGGGACAAGACUUUAACUACCAAUUGGAUAUCACGAAAUUGGGGAGAAAAAAUAGAAAAUAAAUAAAAAACUAAACAAACAAUUAAAUCCCACUUAAAAAUCUUUUGUUUUGCCCAUUCACCCUCUGAAUGGCACAAUCCAUGUUUUAAUUGUCUCAAGGCUUAAAAAUCCUUCUUUAACCUGUCACCUCCCCUUCAUCUACACUCAUUCAAUGGAUUUAACAAGUGACAUCAAUAAGAUAUCAUAACUUUCACCUGAUUUCACCUGGUCAGUCUACGUCAUGGAAAGAGCAGGUGUUCUUAAUGUUUUGUACGGUCAGUGUAUAGACACAUACCAGUCUGUCUGUUCUGCCCCUCUCUCUAGACUACAGGGAGGGCUUCUGCUUUACCGAGGUGCUCAUGACUAUGUGCCAGAUGUCUUCCAGCAGCCGGACCCCCACCACCAAGUCCCAGUGCUGCUGUGAUGGGGGCCGCGGCUGGGGCAACCAGUGUGAGCUCUGUCCCCUGUCUGACACGGCAGGCUACAAGAAGCUCUGCCCUCACGGCCCGGGAUACGCCACCGACGGCAUGGGUGAGAGAUCUAAGGGUUAGGGAGUUACAGAGCGUGAGAAAGGUUCAACUGUGGAAGUGCCUGUAAGGAGAAGUGCCUUGAUGAUAAGGCUUGAGUUACAAGUUAAAUAUACAGUGUAUGGCUAUAGGUCAGGUGGUCGGAAGUUUCUUCUAGGCUUUUUAAGGAAUUCCAAAUAGGCCGCUAGUCCCUAGCCCCCUAGUAGAUCUGAAAUGAUUGGAUAGGUGUAAGCGAUAUGGCAAAAUGCCCAACCCAGCCAUUCAGAAGGCAAGAUGUAGCAAUUACCGCAUAUAAGUCCUAGGAAUGACCCAGUGAAAGGAAUGUCCGGAAUUUCACCUAGCCCUAGGCAGGAAGUCAGGACGAGUGCUUCAGUGUUAUUUUAUACAUUCUCCAAGAGUGUCCACUGAAGGUCAACUUGUAAUUCAUACUAGUUGUUUCUCUCAGGUUGUCCACUAGAAUGCAGUUUGCUUUUAAGGUUACAAGAGGAACCUAGCAAACCUAACACACCCUUGAAUUGAAUCAAGAUUAGCAAUCUGAACAAGGAAUCUUACAUGGACACGGAACAAGCCAAUUAAAUUGACCCUAUAUUAUGUUAUUGGGCUUUCUUCCAGUCUAUUUGCAGUGUACAAAUGAUUAUAAUUAUGUUUAGGCCCCUUAACCAUCCACUCAGAAAAAAUCACCCUGUGGCUGAAUCUAACUGUCGACCCCUGCUAUAGACUAUAUAUUUCUUAUUCAGCUGAAUGCUGAAUGGCCCCGUCUUCUCUGAAUGGCCCCAUCUUCUCUGAAUGGGCUCAUCUUCUCUGAAUGGCCCCACCUUCUCUGAAUGGGCCCAUCUUCUCUGAAUGGGCCCAUCUUCUCUGAAUGGGCUCAUCUUCUCUGAAUGGGCCCAUCUUCUCUGAAUGGGCACGUCUUCUCUGAAAGGUCCCGUCUUCUCUGAAAGGUCCCGUCUUCUCUGAAAGGUCCUGUCUUCUGUCUUUUGUCCUACAGAUAUAGACGAGUGUAAGGUCAUCCCUGACACGUGUAAGAAUGGACGCUGCAUCAACACCAUGGGAUCCUACCGCUGCCACUGCAAGCUGGGCUACACUGCCACCAUCACUGGAACAGCCUGCGUGGGUAAGACACAGUCCACCGCUACACUUCUGGUGCUCAGAACAGUAUUGUGAUGCUACACGGAGUCUGUUUUAAAACCUGCUGAGUGGUUGUGAUUGAAGGCCAUUGGGAAUGCAACCAACGCUAUGAUUGUUUGGAUACACGAAAAAUGCAUCGUUCCCUCCUUGCUUCUUUGAAGUUGUCACUAAUUUGACCAUUUCCCCUUCACCUAUCGGAUCAUAAAUACAUUAUUACAACAAGGCGCUCAAUACCCCCCCCCACUGUUGAUCUUCUGUGUUCUCUUCCCCUGUCAGAUCUGGAUGAGUGUGUCAUGUCCCCCAAGCCGUGUAAUUUCAUCUGUAAGAACACUGAGGGGAGUUACACUUGCUCCUGUCCCCGUGGUUACGUGCUCCAAGAGGACGGCAGGACCUGCAAAGGUAUAAAGGAAACUACAACCCCCAUGAGGCAAACCAACAGGCAUGUUUUAGGCCAAUGGAUGUCUACUGGAUUUCUACAUUGUAUAGGGAUACAUAGCGGUAUUAUAGCCUGGUCCUGGAUCUGAGUGUGCUGUCCUGCAAACUUCUAGGGUCAUUGUUACGUCAUGACUCGGGUCUCCCGAGUGGCGCAGUGGUCUAAGGCACUGCAUCGCAGUGCUAGCUGUGCCACUAGAGAUCCUGGUUCGAAUCCAGGCUCUGUCGCAGCCGGCCGCGAUCGGGAGACACAUGGGGCGGCGCACAAUUGGCCCAGCGUCGUCCAGGGUAGGGGAGGGAAUUAUUUAAAAAAUAAAAAAUUAAAUAAUAAUGUAUGCACUAACUGUAAGUCGCUCUGGAUAAGAGCGUCUGCUAAAUGACUAAAAUGUCAAAUGUAAAAUGACACAACAGAUCUGGUACCAGGUUAGAGGUUUUACAGCUCAAACCCAACAUCUAUCAGCUUCAUCUCAGCGGUACCUGCUGAACUGUGUACGCGACCAAUAAACAUAGAUUUUACUAGCUAGCUAAAGUGAUAUCUUCAUUAUUAGUCAGUGUUGUCCACACUAAAGGAAUAGAUUGAUGUUGAUUUAAUGAGAGGACAGAUGAUGCUCAUAAGCCAGUCAUUACUGCAGAUAUGAGUCUCCAGAGGUGAUCGUCCUGUAUCACAACAGAUCUAAAUUACAGAGACUGAAUACACUGGUUGAAUGAGUCAUGAACAGUGCUGGAAUGAACUGAAUGGCGGCAUAAGGGCUCUGUCCUUUCAACAUAAAAUAAUAUAUUGUGUAAUAACAAAGUGUAAUGUUGUGUGUGUGUGAUCUGAGAGCUUUGGUUUACUGUGUGUGUGUGUGUCUGUGUGUGUGUGUGUGUGUGUGUCUGUGUCUGUGUCUGUGUGUGUGUGUGUGUGUGUGUGCGUGUGCGUGCGUGCGUGUGUGUGUCCAUAUGUCCGUUUAGAUUUGGACGAGUGCCAGACCAAGAGGCACAACUGUCAGUUCAUGUGUGUCAACACCGUGGGUGGAUUCACCUGCAAGUGUCCCUCUGGAUUCACCCAGCACCACACUGCAUGCAUAGGUAAUGCUAGAAGUCUGUGUUCACGUUUUAAAUCAGGCUACUGUAGCUGGAAGCAUAAAGCCUGAAUUCAAUCAAUUGCUUUUGUUUCAUACGUGAUCAUACACUAAACUGUAGCUGGGUUAUGUUCAGCCUAAUGGAACACAACUCUACAUAAAUGCAAUGCUCUCUCUGUCAGACAAUAAUGAGUGUGUGGGAGAGCCCUCCCUGUGUGGCACCAAGGGCAUCUGUCAGAACUCCCCUGGCAGCUUCAACUGUGAGUGCCAGAGGGGUUACGAACUGGACGACACCGGACUGCACUGUGAUGGUAGCUAUAUAUAAUGUUUAAUUUUUUUUUCUCCCUUUCUUCAUUCCAUUUCUUACGGGAAACAUCCACAUGACACACUUCAUAUGAAUUAUGCUUUUUGUUUCGAUAAAUCUAGAAUUUUGAAUAGCAUCAUUGAACAAUCAUAAGGCAUUGUUCAAUAUUUUUUCCAAGGCAUGGCACAUACCAUAUCAUCAUCUCACUGUAUGUAACCGAUGGCUAAGUUUGCAUUGCAUGGUUGCUUCACCUUCCUAAAACCUGAAGAUAUGAUGUCCCCGGCCACCCAAUGCCAUGGUUUUGGUGGGCUAGUGGUAGAAUCUGAAGCUUAAGCAUACGUGGUUGAUGGAACUGUGGGAUUGAACCUCAGUGGUGUCACACCCUGGCUCUGGGGACUCUAUAUGUUGAGCCAGGGUGUGUAGAUUCUAUGUGUUCUUGUUCUAUGUUUAUAUUCUAGUUGUGCUAUUUCUAUGUUGGCCAGAGUGGUUCUCAAUCAGAGGCAACGAGUGUCAGCUGUUGCUGGUUGUCUCUGAUUGGGAACCACAUUUAAACAGGCUGUUUUCCCACAGUAGUUGUGGGAUCUUGUUCCUUUUGGUUUGUUCCGUAUGGUUUAUGUUGUAGCCAAGGACUUCACGUUUCGUUAUCGUUUGUUGUUUAUCGUGUAUUCAUUUAAUAAAUAUAAGUAUGUUCGCUCAUCACGCUGCGCCUUGGUCCACUCACUCUAACGAACGUGACAAGUGGCAGAGAUAAACCCCGGUAUACAAAAGGUUUUUUGGGCUGGUGACAGUUUUUCCACCUGUAUUCUCAGAAGCAACAUAUGAUGCAAAAUACAUAAACAAUAAAAAAACAACAUUAAACAUAAAUAAACAAUAAAAUAAAUAAAUAAUUAAAUUAAAGAUUAAAAUCUCAAAAGUGGCACUACUGGUGUAGAAGCUGAGAAAAUCAAGGCCAACUUGACUGUGCUCUCUGACAGCAUUGCCUGACUGCUAUUUCAAGGCCUCAAACCUUCGCCAACUCUCGUUUUUAUUGAGGUCUCCACAGAGAGGCAAUGUCCAAAACCACAAGUCCUACUGGCACUAUCUAAAUUAAAUCUGCGCCUCGCUCUACAAACAAAAUAAUUAACUUUCAGGAAUAGUUUCGUGACUAAAAAUACUCUGUACUGGGAGUGAAUUCAGGGUAGUGGUUUGGUUUGUGCCACGGAGUCUGUAAAAACUCAAAUCCCAGGUGGAAUGUUGUUAUCCUCUCCUUUGAGCUAACUUUUACCUGGUUUGCGUGACUCGAAAGCAGUGGGGAUUUAUUGAUAGGAUUUUUCAUUGACUAAAUGAAAAGCAUUCGGUUUAAAUAGGCUAUCUUCCACAUCUAUAGGAGUGUGUGUUAGAAACAGAUGCCGAGCCAACCUACCAAUUCAAUAUGAAGGGACAAUUAUACCCACAGAGGGAGUAUAAUUAUAAUUAUAAUUAAUUAUAAUUAAAUAUAAUUAUAAUCAAUACGAUUAGGUAGCUAAAGGCACAUUUGUUCUCCUAGCAUUUGGGUGUAAACGCAAUUGAAACACCCUAACGUAGAUUUCAAGCUCAUAUCUAUUUUUUUAGAGGAACUGGUGCAAUGACAGCAGGAAACUUACAGUAGGUGCAGAGUUGUUUCACAAUUGCGUCGUUACUGCAUUGUACAGUAGCUUAAUGUUCCAAUCCAAAUCUGCAAAGUAACCGUGAUGGAAAUGGUGACGAAUAAGACGAAGACGAUGACGAUGAUGAAUAAGAAUUAGUUAAUGAUUUAAGAAGAUUAGGAAAGUAACGAUGAUUAUUAGGAUGGUGAAGAUGAUGAUGGGCUAAUGCAUAUGUGUUCUUCUGCUGUUUGACCGUCAGACGUGGACGAGUGUGACAGUAACCACAGGUGCCAACAUGGCUGCCAGAACAUGCUGGGAGGCUACCGUUGCAGCUGCCCUCAGGGGUACACACAGCACUACCAGUGGAACCAGUGUGUUGGUAUGUACCCCACACACACACACACACACACACACACACAACACACACACACAACACACACACACACACACACACACACACACACACACACACACACACACACACACACACACACACACACACACACACACACACACACACACACACACACACACACACACACACACACACACACACACACACACACACACACACACACACACACACACACACACACACACCACACACACACACACACACAAACACACACACACACACACACACACACACACACACACACACACACACACACACACACACACACACACACACACACACACACACACACACACACACACACACACGGUGCGCUACUUUGGGACACUGGUGAUAACUACAUGAGUUGAAAGGGAAAGUUGGCCCUUUUUCUAUUUACCCAGAGUCAGGUGAACUCAUGGAUACAAUUUGUAUGUGUCUGGUAGUUUCGCAAAGCCAUCGCAAACUAGUUUUAGCGCAAUGACUGGAAGUCUACCGCAACAGCUAGCAUGUCAGCAGUUCCAGUAGGCUUCCAGCAAUUGCGCUAAUGCUAGUUAGCAACUUCCUUCAAACUGCACGCAGAGGCAUAAAAAUGGUAUCCGUCAGUUAAUCUGACUCUGGGGAAGUAGAUAAAGGGCUUAAUUGCCAAAAUCUCUCACUAUCCCUUUAAGUAGGAGAAAUGUUUCCCAGUUCAUGAACAAAACACAAUUAAUAUUGUUGGCUUUGUGCAGUUUACCACUAUAUCUCUAGGUAAGUGCAAUACUUCUAAAUCAACGCUAAGGACAGCUAACCCUUAAAUGAUGUGCACUGCACUCACACAUUAAGCACACUCCUGGUCUGUGACCAUUUAGAGACGGUAUAUGGCCGGUUCUCAGUGGCCUUGCGGUUACUGUCCUCCAGGAGAUUGGAAAGUUCAGAGUUCUGUGUUUCUAUGUCAAACAGUUUUGUUAUAUUUCAGUCUUCUGUGAUGUAUAUAAAGUGUAAUAUGGGGAUGCAAAAUCCAAAUGACUUACAUUUCAACUCUAUAUCUGACAUGGUACAGCUGUCUUCUUUUUUUUUAAGCCCAUGACCGUGUGUGUGAGGUGUACACAUUUGUUUCAAAGUAGAUUUGUUUAAGACUACCAAGAAACACUCUGUGUGACCCUGACUCAGCCCAAUGCAGUAAAAGGUUAAUAGCCAUUUAAUAAAUCAUUGUUUUUUUCGUUUGUGUGCUCUUAAAAUGAGUUGUACGGUAGAGGACGGGAGUAUUAUUAUAUAUUUCUUAAUCAUUGUAAAUUAGCAUUCUCUGUCUGUUGGGGAGAUUCCUGACUUCCACUUAAGUCGUAUUUUCACUUAGUAAUGCAUUGUUGUCAAUGGGAGAUAGAAUAAGUCAAAUAAAAUUUAAGUUAGGAUUCAGAGUCAUAGAGUUAAGAUAAACCAAAGGUUAUUUUGAUAAUAAAGUAAGAUUCCGUUGUAUGGUGAAAUUCAUUGUCACAGAAAAUGAUGUAAAAGUGCUAUAUGUGCAUUGGCAGAAGGGUAUUUACAGCUACUUACUGCUAACAGCUGUUUUGAAAACAUAUUGGAGGCGACUCAAAGAGGAAGAUGGAGUGCCUACCAUUUCCAGUCCUAGUAAACAGAACCACAUUGCCACCUGCUGGACAAGGAGAGAAAGGUUCUCUCUCGUACCAAUGGGUUCCAGAACAUUGAUAUUAAUACAGUAGUGUUCUAAUGUUCUAUAGAUUCAUUGUGAUCCACUGUCAAAAAGCAAAAGCAGUGUCUCCUAGAUUCUGACAGUUCUGCUUUAGGUGUAUUUUCCGACGAUGCUUUAACCCCAGGGUGUUUGGUCACAAUUUGUUCAAUCGCAAGGUGUUUCAAUCAUUCUAUGUCCUUGUUGACCUCAAUAACAAUUCAAACUAAUUCUCCUAACCCCCUCCACACCUCCUCUCUUAACUUCUCUCCCCUCUACCCCCUCCUCUCCUCUCCUCUCCUCUCUCAGAUGAGAACGAGUGCUCCAACCCAGGCAGCUGUGGAUCGGCCUCCUGUUACAACACGUUGGGCAGCUUCAAGUGCGCCUGCCCCUCAGGCUACAGCUUCGACCCAUUCAGCAGCAGCUGUCAGGAUGUCAACGAGUGCUCCAACAAGCACCCCUGUAACUAUGGUUGCUCUAACACCGAGGGAGGCUACCUGUGUGGCUGCCCGCCAGGCUAUUUCCGCAUGGGCCAAGGGUAAGGAUGCAGAGACCUGGAGCUAACUCUGCAGAUAGAUAGCGCUGCUGGGGGAUUUUGAAAAAGUCAUAGUCAAUCUAUCAAUAAUAUAAUAAUAGUCUUAGCAAAAAAACAUUUUUAAUCUUUAUUUUACAAUCUGUAGAAACUAUGAGAAUAGAAAAGGUUCAGAACUUUUGUGAAACAUCACAGCACAGUUUAAAAAUAUAUAUAUAUGGCAAAUAGAAAUCAAAACUGGAUGGUGUUUAGAGAUAGAUGGGAGGAGUUGAGUGGAGCUGAAGGGUGGGUCUUAAAACAAACAAAAAAUAACUAUUGUAAAAUAUACUGUGUCCGUAAAAUGUAUAAGCUGGAAGUAGAAGCCUAAGUGUUGUUGUCCAUGAGUUUACUCUAAUUAGAGGGGGGGGGGGGGGUAUGCAGGCAAUUACAUUGAUGGAAGCUACAAUCUAUCUGCAAUAUUAAAGCUGAUCUACCCUCUAAGGUUUUUUUUAUUUUUUUUUAAAGGGGGCAGGGACGGACUGGCCACAGGGCAAUUCUGGCAAAUGCCAGAUGGCUGGUCCAUUGUUAGCCCAGUGGGUCCUGUCUAAAUUGGGAUUUUAGAGCAGAAUUAUCAUUAUUUGGCUUAUAAUGGGGGCAUCGAGGAAAGAAAUGAGCCGUGUGUUAGACAUGCCAGGGCCGAUUUCUGGUCCCAGUCCGUCCUUGUAAGGAGGGGAUGUGAUUGGGGUCAGGGACCUUAGGAACAUUUAUUGGGACGGGCCCCUCAGGAACAGCUUAGCUUUUGACUUGUGUUUCCCAGUCUGUUUUUCUGGGAUUUCUGCAAAUGUUUGUUGUACCCCAGCACUAGCACACCUGGCUGUUAGCUUUCAGUUUGCUGAGAUUUCAGACAUUUAUAAUUUCAUGGGUAAUUUUCAGAAGGAUUUUCCACUAUUGUAACGAAGAAGUUGUCCACUCUUGGUCAAGCACUCUCUCAUGCUUGUCUGUUUGUGUGCCUGUCUGGCUGCGUGUCUCUGUGUUCUCUGCGUGUGUGUUCUUUAGUCACUGUGUGUCAGGCGUGGGCUUUGGGAAGGGCCAGUAUGAGGGGCUGGUGAUGGAGGGUCCAGAGAUGGAAGACAACACAGAGACCUGCUACGAGUGUAAGAUCAACGACUACCCCAAGAAGCACGGCCGCAAGAGGCGCGACGCCAACGGAACGCAACCCAUAGAGGUACACUAUAUAGGGAGCAUUGACACUUCAAACAAUAAAGGUAACAUGGACCUGUUGGAGUGUCUGUUCUCUAUUCUGGAGAUUUCGAGAUUUAUGUAUAUAGAGAGGUGA